AUGCUUUCUUUAUUCUUAACUCUUCUUGCUCUUACUAAUGCACACUUUUUUGGAGAUGCUCCAAUUUAUAUGCCUCAAAAUAUGUUAGAAAUUAAAGCAUUAGAAAGUUCUUCUUCUGCAACAAUUUUAAUGUUAUAUGCCCCGUGGUGUGGUCAUUGUAAACACCUUGCACCAGAGUUUGCUUCUGCUGCUAAGGAAAUCAAUGGAAAAACAAUUUUUGCUGCUGUUGAUUGUGAAGAACACAGAGAUAUUUGUGGAAGUUAUGGGGUUCAAGGAUUCCCAACAGUUAAAUUAUUUGAUGCUCAACAAGGACAUCAACGCAGAACACCACGAGACUAUAAUGGACCAAGAGAAGCUAGGGCUAUUAGUGGUACAAUGUAUUCAAUGAUUCCUGAUUGGAUUGAAACAAUUCCAACAGAAUUAAAUAAAGAUGAAAAUAGUGUUAUUUUGUUUAGUGACAAACCAAAAAGAACUUUAUUAUAUAAAGCACUUGCUAUGCAUCUUAAUGGAGUUUUUAAAUUUUAUGAUUGUAAUAAAGAUAAUGAACAAACAAAGAAGUUUGGAGUUGAACAAUUCCCAACAAUACUUAUUCAACAUAAAGGAGAAAUUAAAAAAUAUGAAGGUAAAAUGGAUUUAAAUAGUAUGUUAUCUUAUUUAAGUGAUUUGGCUGGUGUUAACGCAAGUUCUGGAAAUGAACAACCAGAGAAACCAAAAGAAGAUGAUAUUCCAUAUGUUAAUGUUCAUGUUUUAAAUGACGAAAUGUUUAAGAAACAAUGUAAUGGAAAGGCAUGUCUUUUAUUAAUCUUUGGAGAAGAAGAAAACAAUGAUUUGAUUGAUCAAGUUAGUAAAGGGCUUGAUGGUAAAAUGCAUACAUUAUCAUUCACUUGUUCUGAACAAAAUGACCUUUGUAAUAAAUUAAAUGUUUUCUUUGAUACACCAACUGCUCUUAUUUAUAUCCCACAACGAGGAAGAUUAAUUCGAUUUGUUGGAGGAUUUGAUGCUGAAGAAGUAGUUUCAUUUGCUAAAAACAGUUUGAUUGGAAGAGCAGGAAGAAUUGAAACAUUAAAGGAUUUCCCUUCUUUUAAAGAUAGAGUAAAAGAACCAUAUGUUGCUCCAAAAUAUGAAGAAGAAGAACUUUAA